AACACAAAGAAACAAGUCCAGCCCAAACUUCAAAACGACAUCGUUUGUCAAUUCUAUAAAAUCCGCUAAACUCUUCUCUGUUCACCGGCUUGGUAUUUUUUGGCGCGCUCUAUAAGUCCCUCUUCCUCAAAUUUGGCGGGAAAGAGCUCAGAGAAAAAGAAAACGCAGGAGUGAGUGCGCAGCAAAGUCAAUGGCGGAGGAGGAAGCGGGUGUCGAUCAGGUGGAGGAGGAGUACACCGUCUGGAAGAAGAACACACCGUUCCUGUACGACUUCAUCAUCUCCCAUCCUCUCGAAUGGCCAUCUCUCACCGUCCAUUGGGUACCCAUUUCGCCUCAGCCCCACCACACCCACCACCCAUCUCUCGCCGUCCACAAGCUCAUCUUCGGUACCCACACUGCUAAUGGUUUCCCCAACUUCCUCAUGGUCGCCGACGCUCUCCUACCCACCAAACAAGUCGAAACCAAACUUGACAGCGAUGGCUCUAACCCUAUUCUACCUAAGAUAGAAAUAACUCAAAAGAUACGUGUUGAUGGGGAAGUGAACAAGGCACGGUGUAUGCCGCAGAAGCCAUCUGUUAUUGGUGCUAAGACUAGUGCUUCUGAAGUGCUUGUGUUUGAUUGUGCCAAACAGGGGGUGAAACCCCAAGGUGGUGAGUGUGAUCCUGAUUUGAGGCUAAGGGGUCACGAUAAAGAAGGGUAUGGGUUGUCCUGGAGUCAUUUGAAGGAAGGUUACCUUUUGAGUGGUUCACAUGAUUGUAAAAUAUGCUUGUGGGAUGUGUCUGCUCUGGCUCGUGAUAAAGUGCUCGAUGCAAUGCAUGUUUAUGAGGGUCAUAAAGAUGUGGUUGGAGAUGUAUCGUGGCAUUCGAAGAAUGAGAAUUUGUUUGGUUCUGUUGGAGAUGAUUGUCAUUUGAUGAUAUGGGAUUUGCGCACUAACCAAAUCGAACAUUCUGUCAAAGUUCACCAGAAAGAGGUGAACUAUCUUUCUUUCAAUCCAUAUAAUGAGUGGAUUCUGGCUACAGCGUCUUCAGACACUACUGUUGGUUUGUUCGACAUAAGGAAUCUGACAGAGCCAUUGCAUCUUUUGAGUAGUCAUUCAGAGGAGGUAUUUCAGGUUGAGUGGGAUCCUAAUCAUGAAACAGUGUUGGCGUCUUCUGCUGAUGACAGAAGGUUGAAUGUUUGGGACCUUAACAGGAUUGGAGACGAGCAGUUAGAGGGAGAUGGUGAUGAUGGGCCCCCCGAACUUCUGUUUUCUCAUGGAGGUCAUAAAGCUAAGAUAUCUGAUUUCUCAUGGAAUAAAUAUGAACCAUGGGUCAUUUCAAGUGUAGCUGAAGACAAUAGUCUUCAAGUUUGGCAAGUCGCUGACAGUAUUAUCCAUGAUGAUGAAGAUGACGAUGAUGUUCAAGCUGCUGAUGAUUAAAUCAAAGAUGCUUAUACGCAGACCUAUCUCAUUGUAACAGUGAGCUUUGGUAGUCUCAGUUUGAGACCUUUAUCUAAAAAUGCCAUCUGACUUCGAGAAACUUGUGGCAAACACCUUUUUCUCCUUUCUGUUGCUUGAGAAAGUAUAGUUUCACAAAAUUGACUCAAGCUACCGACUUCUAUCUGAUCUUCUUGCUAUUCUGUGUAAUGUUUGGUCUGAUUUUACACCUGAGUUACUGAGCGAAAUAUUUUUGGCAAGAUCUUGAAUGUACAUUUGAGUCUUUGGAAGGUAGAAAGAUUACUGUCACAGUAAUUAUAUUAUUUUGAAUAGUUCAA